UUAUUUUUAUAUUUAGUCAUUACUAACAAAUUCAGCGUUAGUACCGGACAGUUGUAGAACGAUGAAUUUAUAGUAUUCUACUGUCGUACAUAUUGACGAAAAGAUGAAAUUUGCUAUUAUAUUGCAUAUAUUUCUAUUCCUGUGCCUGUGGAAUGGAGUGAAAACAAAAUGUGUGAUGCGAGGGGAAUGUUACGAAGUCGGUGGCUUGGCUAAACUUUGUCCUGUGGACGAAGAAGCAUCACCGUUACUUCUACAAUUAGAUGAAGAAACAAGAGAAGAAAUUCUUUCCAUACUGCGUUUAAGAUGUCCACAUUUACUACUCGACGAUGAAGGCAACGAGAAACCAUAUAAAGAAGUGCUGACUUGCUGUGAUGAGAUACAAUUAGAUAAAAUGGCAAACAGUCUCUUGUUGGCCGAUGGUGUACUCGGCCGGUGUCCAUCUUGUGUCAGGAAUUUCGCCAGGCAAAUAUGUGAAAUGAACUGUUCACCAGAACAAGACCGUUUCGUUGAAAUAGUACGCGUGGAAUACGGAACCAAUAACACGCCUUACAUAGAAGAAGUUGAUUUCAGAAUGCACACGGAUUUUAUGCUUGGCGCAUAUACUACAUGUUCCGGUGUACUGGUCCCUCAAACAGGAUUACCAGCUAUUAACAUGAUGUGUGGAAAUGCUCCUGUUUGUGAUGCUCAGGCCUGGUUUAGUUUCACUGGUGACACAUUAUCGAACCCUUUGGUACCUAUGCAUGUAAAUUUUUUGAAUACUACAACUGAACAUAAUUCGAUGAAUGCUCCUUUGUUACGUUGUAAUGAGUCUUAUCCUGGAGACAUCCCAUGUAGUUGUGUCGACUGCAUGGACCAGUGCCCCACUGGAACCGAACCAUUUAUUCCUGAAACGUGUACCGUUCUUUCUGUGAAUUGUAUAGCUUUUUCAGUCGGUUUAUCAUUCUUAGUGAUUACUAUAACAAUAUUUGCAUUUUUAACUGUCUCUCGUUCAGAAAUUAGAGUGAUUGAGUCUAAAGAAAAUGAAAAAACAAUGCAACCUAACAUUCUGAUUAGACUAUUUGAAUCAGUGUUUUCAAGUAUUGGUUCAAUGGCGUCUACACACCAUAUAUUGGUAAUUAUGCUGACUACUUGGAUUGUAUUUGGGAUGGUUUUUGGAGUUAUGAAUCUUAAAAUUUCAUCAAAUCCUUUAGAACUCUGGUCUGCUCCUGACUCUCGGAGUCGUCAAGAACUGAAUUAUUUUAACUCUCGAUUUGGUCCCUUCUACCGAGCUGCUCAAGUUUUUUUAACAAUCAAUAAAGAACCAUUUGAAGUUAAUAAUAAUACGUACGGGCCAGCUUUUAGAUUCGAAGCUGUACAAGAAUUGGUAACCCUUGAAAACCGUAUUCGAAAUAUAGGAAGAGAUACGGGUGGUGUUACUUUGGAACAGGUAUGUUACGCUCCUCUAAGAACUCGUGGUAGUGAACAGCGAAUCGAGGAAUGCGUUUCCAUGUCUGUAUUAACCUAUGUGGGUGAAGAUGUUAACAACGAGACAUACCUAGAUUCAAUACAAAAUUGUUUAAACAAUUACUAUUCCUUCGACUGUUUGGCAGACUGGGGAGGCGGUGCUGAACCUGAAAUUACAUUUGGAGGCUAUGAUGAUAACGUUUAUGAUGCUAAUACACUAUUAAUAAACUUUCCUCUAACCAAUCAUCUCUUAGAGGAAAACCUUGCACCGGUUUUAGAAUGGGAAUUGAAAUUGAUAGAAUUUUUACAACACUACGAAGUUACUGACAAACCAGACUUUAUAGAUCUUGCAUAUGGUACUGAAAGAUCUAUAGAAGAUGAAAUCGAACGCGUGUCUGUAGCAGAAGCAAUACCAAUAGCGAUAAGUUACAUACUUAUGUUUGUUUAUGUAGCGGUUGCAUUAGGAAAUGUUAGAAACUGUAAAACGUGGUUGAUUGAUAGUAAGAUAUCAGUAGCUAUUAGUAGUAUAUUGGUAGUUGUAGCAGCUGUUUUCUGUGGUAUGGGUGUCAUGGGGUACACAGAAGUUACUGUGACAUUACUCGCUAUUAAUGUAAUUCCAUUUUUUGUAUUGUCUGUAGGUAUUGAUAAUGUUUUUUUAAUGGUUAACACAAUUCAUGAUAUAGAAAACAACUUGAAAAGUUAUAGUGAUUAUGACGAGAAUUUUAGUUUUGAAAGCAAAAGGAGAUUUGUAUUUAAGAAAAUGAUGGCUAUCGUCGGUCCUUCAAUAUUUGUUACGUCUGUUACUCAAAUAACUUGUUUUGCUAUCGGUACUUUAACAAAUUUCCCUGCUGUAAAAUCAUUUGCAAUAUUUGCCACUUUUUCAAUGGCUUUUCUGUUUGUAUUUCAAAUAACCACUAUUAUAGCUAUUUUGUCAAUAAAUUAUAAACGAGAAAGUAAAAACCGAUUUGAUAUUUUUUGUUGUAUUCAAAAAAAGAUUUUAAACGAUGAUUAUCCGCUACUUUCUGAUGCUCCUUAUGAAAGUAUCACUAAAAGAUUAAUGGAACCUUAUGCUAAAAUACUUCUCCAUUGGCGAGUGAAGUUUGUUGUUGUAGUUCUAUUUAUGAUUAUGUUAUUUUGUAGUAUACUUAUGAUUCCCGGUUUAGAAGUUGGUUUAGAUCAAGAGUUAGCAUUACCUCGCGACUCUUACGUAUAUAAAUAUCUACAAGCUGUGAAUCAACUGAUGAAAAUUGGGCCCCCAGUAUUUUUCGUUGUUAAAAGCGGUUUGAAUUAUAGUAAUAUUGAGCAUCAGAAUGUUAUUUGCGGUGGUCAAUUAUGUUAUGAUGAUUCUCUAGCUACGCAAAUAUUUUUAUCAGUUCAACAUUCUGACAUCACAUACAUGGCCAGAAGUUCUAAUUCCUGGAUCGAUGACUUUUUUGAUUGGACCGGUUUGACUGGAGCUUGUUGUAAAUUUAAUGCAACGGAUGGCUCUUUUUGUCCUAGUACAGAUACAUCGCCUGAAUGUCAGUAUUGUCAAAUCAAAAGAGACGAAUGGGCUAAUAAUUUAAGACCCGGAGUAGAAGCCUUUGAUGAGUAUAUACCAUUUUUUCUUCAAGAUCCCCCAAAUGAAAUUUGCAAUAAAGGCGGUUUAGCAAGUUAUUUUAAUAACGUAAUUUAUGUCUUAGACUCAAACGGGCAUGCUACUGUCCUCGACAGUAAUUUUAUGGCUUACCAUACUACUCUAGCAACGUCUCAAGACUAUAUAUCAGCUGUGUACUACGGUUACGAGCUUAGUGAAAAUAUAACAAGAGCUAUAAAAAAUCAUACUGGAUUAGAUAUAGAAGUAUUUCCAUAUUCUGUCUUUUACGUGUAUUACGAGCAAUAUCUAACAAUGUGGCGGGAUACAUUUAUGUCUCUAGGAUUUUGUAUUCUUGGCGCUUUCGUCUUCAAUUUGUUUGCGUCAGGAUUCAAUUUUUUAACAACUUUUUGUGUAAUAUUCACGACUCUAUUGAUUGUUUUAAACAUGAUGGGCCUCAUGUAUAUUUGGAACAUUAACUUGAAUCCUGUUUCGCUUAUUAAUCUCAUAGUAUCUAUAGCUAUCGGCGUGGAAUUUUGUAGUCACAUUGGACAUGCGUUUGCAACAAGCAAUGCUCCCCGUAGUGACCGAGUUGAGGAUGCAAUCAAAAAAGUUGGCUCCACCAUCAUUACUGGUAUAACAUUCACCAACAUUCCGGUCAUUGUAUUAGCUUUUUCGUACACUGAAAUAAUUGAAAUAUUUUUCUUUAGAAUGUUCUUCAGUUUAGUGAUUAUAGGUUUCAUACAUGGCAUGAUAUUUUUCCCUGUUUUAUUGAGCUAUGCAAAUAAUUUGGGACAAAGCAGUAAAAAUAAAGUUUCGACAACUGCAACUGAACUUGUAACUAGGGAAAUCGAUUGUAGUAAUUUGUGAAGUAGUACUCUAUAAAGAAUACUUUGAUGAAUAUUUUUAAUUCAUUGUAAUCUGGAUGAAUGUUAUUUACUGUGAAAAUAAUUUUGACUCAUUUGUUAGUCAACAGUUAUUAAUUUUUAUCAUAAAACAUUUAAGCAGUAUAGAAGCGUAGUUACAAAAUAUAAUCAGUUAUUAUAAUAAACUCAUUAUAAUAUUUAUUUUAACAUCUACAUUUCUCAUAUAUGUCAAGAUGAAGAAAGAUUAGUAGCUAUAUUGUAUUAAAAGUGACCACGGCAAAUUGUACUGGUUUAAAUUAGACGCAAAUCUGACUGAAGUUUAAAUGAAUAUAUAGUUUAUUAUCAUCAUCACCAUAUCAGCUAUUUACUGUUCACUGCUGGAUAUAAGCCUCCUUCAUAAGGAGGAUUUUGCUAGUAGUGCCACCUUUGGUAGGCUCGUUAUGCUUUUGGUGAUGUUUUAAGAAGGACGCUUCUGCCCAUUCCUCGAUCAUUAAGUUCCUUUAGUCGCCUGUUACGACUUCCCGGGAAACGAAGGGGUGGCCCAUUCUAUGCCGGACCACACGGCCUAUGUUUUAGUAUAAUUGUAAUAUCUAAUUUUAGAGAAGACACAUAUAGACGUGACUUUGUUUUAUGUUAUUUCUGAACUAUAGUAAUAAAUAGACGUAGAUUGUUUUCCUUCGAUAAUAAUUCAAUUCAAUUCAAUUCAAUCAUUUAUUGCUAUUUCAUGUUGUAACAAUAUAGGUCUUAAGUUAUUAAAAGUAAAGAAUCAACAUGAACCCUGGAAGGGCGCAGCAAUCACAUUAAUAAAUAUUUCAUAAAGUACAUAACUACAUUUUUACAUUAUAUUUUAUGUAUCGUCGAUUAACAUAAAUAAAACAUUAUUACAUUGAAACAAAUAGGUACAAAUACAAUUAAAUUUUCUCAUUGUAAAAUUCCUGUAGUGUAUAAUAACUUUUUGUACGAACUGGACGGUAGGGAAAAUAUAAAAUUAUAAUGUAAAAAUUUGACGUUCAUAAGCGGCUAAAAUGUCCUACAUGAAUAAAUGAUUUUUGAAUUUUUUUUGAAUUUUGAAUUUUGUAAUUAAAUAUUUUUUUAAUGCUAUUUUAAACUUUUUAGAAUAAUAUGUACUUGUGUAUAGAUAUAAAUAUAAGACUUAUUACUGAUGUGUUAAUUGUAAAUAUAAAUAAGUGAUAUACAUAUAUUGAGAAUUAUAUUUCUAUUAUUUAAUUAAAUUUUGCCAAUGUAAGA